UGAGACCAUGGUCUCCGUGCCGGAGUUUUACUCCAGGAGGAAGCAGUACGACGGGCAAUCCUCUACCCCGCUGGACCAAUGUGGAUUACGAUUGGGGAUGUGGUACUGGAAAGAUGAAACCAAAACUCUGGAAUUUAGAAGUUUCACGCCUACAAUAGAGCUCAAGGAGAAAGGCAAGAAAGGGAAGGCAGUUCACUUCGCUGAAACGGACGGUCCAGCUUCAGAAAGGUUGACAGAUAAAAGAUUUGCCUCGAGGGAUGAAAAGUCAGUGAAAGCCUUGGACAAACGAAGUCAGCAGGGCUAUGUCACGCUGGAUGAUGUCAAGUUCGUUGCCUUGCUUUCCCUCCAAGACACUGAAAUGCAGCGGGUCUGUUCUUUCACAACGUUCAUGAGAAAUAAGAAUCUUGACAGCUUCCUUAUGGCCCUGUUGUACUAUCUGUCUUAUUACUUGGAGAAAAUCUCAAUGGAAAAGAAACCCCAAAGCUACAUGGUAGGCCUGGUAGAGAAAAAAGAGAUGGAGCUGGUUAUGAUCAAGUUAGAAGAUGCACAGAAGUACCUGGCGCAGAAAUACUGCAUCCUCGUGCUGGGUGUGGGCAUGGCAGAUAAGCAUCACAUGAACUGUGGAAAGGAGAAAAUAUCAGAUACGCAGAAAGACUGGAAAUUCUUUGAGUCCUUUUAUACUUUCUGUACAUGCAUAGCUUGGAUUGUUUUCCGACGUCAGUACCUGACAGAGAUAGAGGAAGAAGUAGGAAGGCUUUUUCGUACCAAUAUGUUCAACAUUCCCCGAAGGAAGCGUGAGGAUGAAGAAUCAGGAGGAGAGAAGAAACGCAUGACAUUGGUACAAUUUCGGAAAAUGAUGGCAAAACGUCCGGCGAUUAAAAAGGCCAUGGACAUGCGCUCCCCGGUCUUGUCUACACUGCUGCCAUCUCUCAGAGAAAAAGCUCAAAACAUCGUUGAAAAAAAAUAUGUGGCAGGCAUCAAACUUCCACCCCGAACGCAGAAGGAAAGAGCAAGUCUGGAGUCUAUGAUCCUGCCAGUAGUUGGCAUCUUGGGGGAGCCUCGACAUCUGUUCAACCCUCAUACUCUUCUCCCUCUUGAAUCAGAAGAAAAUGGGAAACAGAGCGCAAGAAAUUCUUCCAUAAUAGAGAGAAGUAACACAAUUGAGGACACACUGGACUUGGUCAUAACAACACUAUCUUCGCAAAACACCUGCCCUAAAUAAUCCAGUUUGUUUUGGUUCUUUAUUCCGGUCCUUAUAUUUGAAGUAAACUACUUUGACUUAACACUA